CCCCGGCCCUGCGGGGCGCUGUGGGGCUGCAGGGUUCUCAGGUCCUGAGCAGCUGCCCAGGGCAGUGGUGGCCUCCCUGUCCUGGAGGGGUUUAAAAGCCGGGCAGACAAACGUCCUCAGGGAUCUGGAUUAGUAGUGGACAGGUGGGUGAUGCCAAGCACAGCCAUGAAGAAAAAGGUGCUGCUGAUGGGUAAAAGCGGGUCUGGGAAGACCAGCAUGAGGUCCAUUAUCUUUGCAAACUACAUCGCCAGGGACACGCGGCGCCUGGGUGCCACAAUUGAUGUGGAGCACUCCCAUGUUAGAUUCCUAGGAAACCUGGUAUUAAACCUGUGGGACUGCGGAGGACAGGACACCUUCAUGGAGAACUACUUCACCAGUCAGCGGGACAACAUCUUCCGCAAUGUAGAAGUCCUCAUCUAUGUCUUUGACGUGGAGAGCCGAGAACUGGAGAAGGAUAUGCACUACUACCAGUCAUGCUUGGAAGCAAUUCUUCAGAACUCUCCCGAUGCAAAGAUCUUUUGUCUGGUGCACAAGAUGGACUUGGUGCAGGAGGACCAGCGGGAUUUGAUUUUUAAGGAGCGUGAGGAAGACUUGAAGCGCCUUUCCCGUCCCUUGGAAUGUGUUUGUUUUAGGACUUCCAUCUGGGAUGAAACACUUUACAAGGCUUGGUCCAGUAUAGUCUAUCAGCUGAUCCCCAACGUCCAGCAGCUGGAAAUGAACCUGAGGAACUUUGCUCAGAUCAUCGAGGCAGACGAAGUGCUUCUGUUUGAGAGAGCUACUUUCCUGGUCAUUUCUCACUAUCAAUGCAAAGAACAGCGGGACGUCCACAGAUUUGAGAAAAUCAGCAACAUUAUUAAACAAUUCAAGCUCAGCUGCAGUAAGCUGGCAGCUUCUUUCCAGAGCAUGGAGGUCAGGAACUCUAACUUUGCUGCUUUCAUUGACAUCUUUACAUCAAAUACCUACGUGAUGGUGGUUAUGUCAGACCCUUCAAUACCUUCUGCAGCCACGCUGAUCAACAUCCGCAAUGCCAGGAAACACUUUGAGAAGCUGGAGAGAGUGGAUGGACCAAAGCACAGCCUGCUCAUGCGCUGAACAUUGGCCAAGGCACAUGGUCUUUGGGGGGAGAAAAAAUGAACUGGGACUACCUAUUUUUAGGAGAAUCUAACAACGCUGGUGUCUUUGUUGGGCUUUGAAAUGAGUGUGCUGCUUUAUUUUUUCUCCUUUUAACGUUGGACACUAGUCACUCGGACACUGCGGACCUUCCAAAGAGACUGCCCUGGUGUGUGUGAGGUUGGGAAGGAGCAGGGAUGGGUGAUGUGUGUGUGGUCUCGCGCUCCUGGUUGUCACAGUGGCGCAUGGCAGAGCCAGUGUGGAUGUUUUGCUCCCAGGUGAUCGUAUAAAUCACAGGAAUGGAAUAUUUACUGAUUUAUUGGUUGGUUGCUAGAAUACAUUUAUAAAUUUCUCCUUGUCUUCAGUCAUGGGAAUAAAUUUUUGCUACCAGGGAUUUUGGAUCCUAGAGCUUUGGGAGUGGGUUAUCUUUCUUCUGCCACUGACGGCAGCUUUGGCAAGUGGGUGUGCGAUAGCUGCAUUUCUCCUUUCACCUCAUUGAGGGACGUUGACUGAAGGCUGCGAUGGAGUUUCAUUUAAGAUCAUAGAAUUGUGGGUUGAAAGGGACCUUAAAGAUCACCUAAUUCCAACCCUGCCAUGGACAGGGGCACCUCCCACUGGACCAGGCUGCUCCCAGCCCCAUCCAACCUGGGCUUGAACAUCUCCAGGGAUGGGGCAGCCACCACUGCUCUGGGCAACCUGGGCCAGUGCUCAGGACCAUCAUUGUUAAGAAUGUCUUCCUAAUGUGUAAUCUAAAUCUUCCCCUUUCGAAUUGAAAGUUGUUCCCCCUCAUCCUAUCACUCCAUACCCUUUCAAAAUGUUCCUCCUCAGCUUUCCUGGAGCCCCUUCAGGUACUGGAAGGCUGCUAAGAUAAUUUCCCCACGUGAAGUCACAAUUCACUCAGCAGCAGGAGCAGCCAGGCUGGUAUUGGCUUCUCUACACUUGCCAAAGUGGUGGAAAGACUACGGUGAAUAAAAGGGGCCAAAGUCCUUGACUGAGCAAGCAGCAAGAUAGUCCUGGUGUGCCUGAUCUUCAUCCCGGUGAGCCAGGAGGGGCUGGUGCAGGCACGGAGGAGCUGUGGGCCAAGCUGGGGCUGGUAUGUCCAUGGGGUGUGCGAUGAGCCAUCUGGGCAGGGUUCGGCCCCAAUGGUACCUGACAUCGCUGGUUAUUAUUUAAUGACUGUGUGUUUCCAUUAAAUGCAGGACCCACAGAAGUGCUGCAAGUAG